AUGCAUUGCGAGGUGGCCGAGGCACACUCGGACAAGAGGCCCAAGGAGGCCCCCGGUGCGCCCGGUCCCGGCCGCGGGCCCGCCAGCCUCGGCGCGCACAUGGCCUUCAGGGUCACCGUGAGCGGUGGCGGCUGCGGGGACAGGGGCCCGCGGGACCUGCUAGCCCGAGCGCCCGCGCCGCCGCGCGCCCACAACCUCCUCCGGCCACGGAGCCCCCGAGACUACGGCCCGUCCAAGGCCGCCGCCGGGAAGGUGAACGGGAGCUACGGCCACUGCACCCCGGGCUCAGAGAAGAGCCUGCUGGACCUGGACCUUGCUGAGGGCCCCGGCCCCACCUGCUGCCAGGGCCUAUUUCUCCCUGCGGGAACCCCGCCACCCCGGGGUCACCCCACAGCCUGCGAGAGGCUGCUGCAUUUCCCCCACCCUAACAGGUCACCCAGACCCCAGGCCGCAUAUGUGAACGGUGGCCUCCCAACCACACAACACAUCAAGCAGGAGUCCCUGCCCGACUUCCAGGCCAUGGCAGAGGCCCGCACGCCCCUGUCUGCCCACUGCCGGGCCCCGCCAGCCACCGGCCUGCACACAGACCUGGACCUCCCAGGCCGAGGCCUCGCCAACCCUGCACCUUCCUGCUACCUUCUGGGCAGCGAGCCCUGCUCUGGCCUGGGCCCCCAGCCCGAGGCCCACCUCCCCGAGGGCAGCCUGAAGCACUGCUGCCUCCUGGGCCCGCCCCCCACCUCCUCGGCCUCCUCCUCGCCCUGUGCCUCCUCUGACGUCACCAUCAUCCGCUCCUCCCAGACAGCUCUGGUCACCUGUGUAAAUGGACUCCGGAGCCCCUCUCUGCCAGGAGACCUGGGGGGCCCUCCCAAGCGGGCCUGCCCUGGCCCCGCACCCACUGGCGGCCAUGAGGGCAGCUUGCAACUUGAAGCCUGCCAGAAGGCGGCCUUCCUGAAGCAGGAGCCUGCGGAUGAGUUCUCCGAGCUCUUUGGGCCUCACCAGCAGGGCCUGCCGCCCCCCUACCCCCUGCCUCAGUUGCCACCUGGCCCGGGCCUCGGAGGCCUGGGGCUGGGCCUGGCGGGCGGGACGGCGGCUGGGCGGCAGGCGUGCCGCUGGGUGGACUGCUGUGCAGCCUAUGAGCAGCAGGAGGAGCUGGUGCGGCACAUCGAGAAGAGCCACAUCGACCAGCGCAAGGGCGAGGACUUCACCUGCUUCUGGGCUGGCUGCGUGCGCCGCUACAAGCCCUUCAAUGCUCGCUACAAGCUGCUCAUCCACAUGAGGGUGCACUCGGGCGAGAAGCCCAACAAGUGCAUGUUUGAAGGCUGCAGCAAGGCCUUCUCACGGCUGGAGAACCUCAAGAUCCACCUGAGGAGCCACACGGGCGAGAAGCCAUACCUGUGCCAGCACCCAGGCUGCCAGAAGGCCUUCAGCAACUCCAGCGACCGCGCCAAGCACCAGCGCACACACCUCGACACGAAGCCGUACGCCUGUCAGAUCCCUGGCUGCUCCAAGCGCUACACGGACCCCAGCUCCCUCCGCAAGCACGUAAAGGCCCAUUCGGCCAAAGAGCAGCAGGUGCGUAAGAAGCUGCACGUGGGCCCUGAUACGGAGGCCGAUGUCCUGACCGAGUGUCUGGCCCUGCAGCAGCUCCACGCGGCCACACAGCUGGCUGCCAGUGACGGGAAGGGCGGCCCAGCCCCGGAGCUGCUCCCAGGUGUGUAUCCCGGCUCCAUCACCCCUCACAACGGGCUCGCAUCAGGCAUCCUGCCCCCCACGCAUGACGUCCGUUCCAGGCAUCACCCGCUGGACGCCACCACCGGUCCCCACCACCAUCUGUCCCCUCUGCCCAUGGCUGAGAGCACCAGGGACGGGUUGGGGCCUGGCCUCCUCUCGCCCAUGGUCAGCCCACUGAAGGGGCUCGGGCCACCACCGCUGCCACCGUCCUCCCAGAGCCAUUCCCCUGGGGGCCAGCCCUUCUCCACACUCCCCAGCAAGCCGUCCUACCCGCCCUUCCAGAGCCCUCCGCCCCUGCCUCUGCCCAGCCCACAAGGCUACCAGGGCAGUUUCCACUCCAUCCAGAACUGCUUCCCCUACGGCGACUGCUACCGGACAACCGAGCCAGCAGCCGGUGGGGACGGACUGGCCGGCGAAGCCCACGGUUUCAACCCCCUGCGGCCCAACGGCUACCACAGCCUCAGCGCACCUCUGCCUGCCACAGGCUACGAGGCCCUAGCCGAGGCCGCAUGCCCCACGGCACUGCCACCGCAGUCUUCUGAAGAUGUGGUGUCCAGCGGUCCUGAGGACUGUGGCUUCUUCCCCAAUGGGGCCUUUGACCACUGCCUGGGCCACAUCCCCUCCAUCUACGCGGACACCUGAAGGAAGCCGCUGUCCACGCCUGCCUGCCCUGCGCUGCGGAGCUGCUUCACCACUCGCCGUCCGCUCCCACGCUCCGUGCAUCCGGCCGGAGCAGCCAGGCCACCAAUGCAGGGGUGCGUUGCUGCAGCGGCGCCCAGCGCUGCCCGGGGAGUGAUUGUCCGAGCCCGAGCCAGGCGCUCAGAGGUGCCCGCCAGGAUCCGUGACCCUGUGACAGUCCCUUGAUUGUGUCCUCCCCUUUCUCUGCCCCGUGGUUUUGAAAUCACAGACCUCGUGUAUAUAAAAUGUACAGAACUUGUUUUCCAUUCCCCUGCCAGUUUUAUAUUUUUGGUUUUACAAGAAAAAAUUAAAAACUGGAAACAAGACGUG